CUCCGUUUGCAUACAAACCAAAAAUGCUUGGUUGUCUGCAGCUAAUUGCUAGUUUUGCGGCAUUUCUCUUUCUCGUUUUUUCAUUUCCAUCGAAGCCGAUAUUGCCGAGACCUGCUCUUUCCAGAUUGGCCUCUAUUAGGAAUGCUGCCAUCAUUUCUCAAAAAUUUAGGGCAGACUUAUGACUACACAACUGAUGUUCUGCAAAGAAAAGGAGGCACUGGUAAUUUCCUCGGACCCUGGUUUACUGGAAUGAACUAUUUGGUGACAUAUGACCCCAUGAACGUACAUCGCAUUAUGAGCAAGAAUUUCGCCAACUACAUUAAAGGGCAUGACCUUCGCGAGGUUCUGGAUGCUUUUGGUGAUUCUAUUUUUACUGUAGAUUCAGAUGUUCCGAUCCACCUUCGGGCUAUAUAUAGCCAUGGGUUCAGACAGAGCGAAAUACAGAAGCCUCUUGAGUCCUCGCGGUUCUCUCUUCCUCCCUCUGCCAAUCUAUCUGUCUGUAAUUACGUUUGGUCUCCGUUGUUCUGUUCCCUCGUUUCACCGAGGAAGUGCUUGUUUAAUCCUGGGGAACUGCCGGCCGUCCGAGGGUGUGCCGGAAUAGUUCUUAAGGACAGUGUCCUUCUGGGCACGACUCAAGCAACCAGUCAGGAGUUUGCUGUUACACACGUUUGCCGCCGGUAUUAUUCAACAUCAGAUGCAUGGAAACACUACAGGGCACUUCAGCAUUCAGUUUUCAAAACAAAAUGCUUCGAGAAGUUUUGGGAGAAGAUUGUUCGAGAGAAGGUGGAGAGUUGUUUGAUUCCUCUUCUUGAUCAAGUCGAGAAGCGAGGAGUUGAAUUGGAUCUGCAAGAUGUGUUUGGUCGCUUCAACUUUGACGCUGUCUGCUCUAUAGUCUUAGGAUUUGAUCCAAAAAGCCUCACACUAGAUUUCCAAGAAGUUGCAUGCAUGAGAGCCUUUGAUGAAGUGGGAGAGUUCACAUUUUACAGACACACAAUACCUAAAAGCGUGUGGAAGCUUUCUCUCACGUGGUUCUUUUGGCUUGUUGCUACACACCCUUUAGUAGAAGCAAAGAUUCAUGAAGAGAUCAAAGAAGAAAAGGAAGUGAAAGAUCAAGUAUAUCUCCAUGCUGCUUUGUGUGAAGGUUUGAGACUGUACCCUCCCGUACCUUCAGUUAUUAGGCAAACGAUCAAACAUGAUAUUCUUCCUAGUGGGCAUGAGGUCAGUCCUAUUACUAUGAUAAUGAUAUCUUUGUAUGCCAUGGGAAGGUGUGAAGAAAUAUGGGGAAAAGAUUGCUUGGAAUUCAAACCAGAAAGAUGGAUCUCAAAAAGAGGAGGUAUUAUUCACAUGCCAUCAUACAAAUUUAGUACUUUCAUUGCAGGCCCUAGAACAUGCUUGGGUAAGGACUUGUCUUUCAUUCAAAUGAAGAUUAUGGCUUCUGCUAUCUUGUGUAACUAUCAAGUUCAUGUGGUGGAAGAUCAUCCUGUUUCUCCCACACUUUCAAUGGUGCUUCAAAUGAGAUAUGGUCUCAAGAUUCGGAUCACAAAAAGACAUUGACCAAUAUAAUAUAAAAGUAGAAGGCAAUUCAUAUUUUGUGUUGUAUGUUUGAAGUCUUUUGUUGUGCUUGUGUCCGUUUUUCUACUUCGGUAAUGUUAUCAUGUGCGUAUUGGUUGAAGGGAUAUAAUCAAGCCACUAAUUGGCUUGCACCUGAUAAUGUUGCUAUAAAGAUGGUUGCACUAUAAUGGCAUGAUGUU